AUGUUCAUUUUUACAUUGUUUAACAAGUCUUCUAGGGCAAAUAUAACAGACCUGGUCGCUUACAAGUCUGGCUUCCUAUGCAUGUACAUGAAGAAGCAUCCUGAUACAUUGGUUGCAUAUGUCAAUUUUUUUGGGCAAGUUGAGGGCAUCUUGCUCAUUGCUGAGAUGUCUAGCAUUGACUCCAAGGGUAUGACACUUAUGUAUAAGCUCAAGUCUGGACAGUUGAAUAUGACCCAGAUAUCAUUUGACCCGCCACUUUUGGGGUAUGAGGAAGUCAAACUCCGGCUUCUGGGUAUAAAGGCAUAG